AUGACCGCCAACGGCAGUGACGAUGGGGUGACUGAUGUUGCUGCACAAGCCAGCUUUGAUACCCCAACAAAGAGACCGAAGCGAAAGCCACACAAAAAGACGAAACAUGGCAAGAAAGGCAAACAUCCAAAGAGCGAGAGCACGGCAGCUGAUAGCGCCGAUGCUUCCAAUUUGAAAAAGCUGCCGUUAGAGAGCUAUCGGAUUAUCGAGGACGAAAGCGGCACUCCUACCGACUAUUUGAUGGCUGUCUACUCGCUGCUUCACCAAAUGAUGGAGAUGCGUCAUCACCUCUAA